AUGGAUGACUGGCGAUACGAAAUGAGAAGAGAAAUACAAGAAAUUGUGCCUGGACUGUUUCUAGGACCCUUUUCUGCCUGUCGUCAAGUAGAUGAAUUGAAACGUUUGGGCAUCACACACAUUGUUUGUUUUGUCGAUGAGACAGAAGCUCGAUUGUUUCGUACCGAAAACUUGGCUCAUUAUUUCAAGUACCAACAGUUUAUCGUGAGCGACUCUAAUCUACAAAACCUUAUCCAUUUCUUUCCAAACACAUCACAGUACUUUCAUCAUGUGAUAACAGAACUCGGAAGCAAAGUCCUUGUCUGCUGUAAUGGUGGUAUGUCACGUAGUCCAACGUUUGUAGUUGCCUAUGUGAUGGAAGUGUUUCGUAUUGAUGCUUCUCAAGCGUAUCAUUUCGUUCAAGCCAAACGUCUUUGUAUCAAUCCUAACGAUGGCUUCAAAAGUCAGCUUAAGGUAAGCAAACCGAACGCGUUAAAGUGUUAA